UAAAUCGCUUAUGGCCGACAACCAUCCGCUCGGCGGCUGACGCGGACGGAUUGUCACGGACAACUCAACAUUAGCACUUCGUUCUUGUGUAUGCUUAACUGACGGAUCUUGUCCUAACUCAGUACUCUGUCUUUAUUCAAAACAGCACAGCACACAAAUUGAUAUAUAUUGUUGAGUGUUAAAAAGACCGGCUUAACCACAGGUUCAACCAACUUCUUACCGUGUACCCUAUCCCUCGUUCCCAAACCUUUCCGCAUGGACCGUGGCAACACCGCGACCUCGAACAAGAGUUGUCCAAAGACGAAGACGGAGCGUAAAGUUGCAGAGGCGGCUGAAAAUGAGAGACGAAGGGCUCAAAAGGAGUUGGAAGCCUUUGGAGCAGAACGCGAACGGAGACCAGGAGCUUUGUCUCCAUCCGAAAUUUGGUGGAGUCAACAAUAUCGAUGGCUAAAGGCCCAAGGGUACUUACUCCGUCCUCGAUAUGCACCGGAAUGGGUACCAUCCUGGGAUGGCUCACAGCGCGACCCUUUUUCUUGCGAAGAUGGUCAGGGUUUGGAAUUUGGUCGGAUCAUCGAUGCGACUCGCAUGUCUGAUGGCUUAUACCUUUCUCUCAAAGUGCUGAACAAGUCGGAAUUCCCUUACGAGGUAGAUAUCGGGCAAUAUUUUAUGAUGGAACGAUUUGCCUCCCAUCCCAAGAAUCACUGUGUCCCGUUUCUCGACGUACUACCAGUCCCAAACGAGGCAGAUAAGGAAAUCAUCGUGAUGCCUUUAUUACUUGAUUUUGACAGACCUCAAUUCGACACUUUCGGCGAGGUGGUGGAAUGUAUCAGACAGUUAUUCGAAGGCUUGUUGUUCAUGCACAGCAACCGUGUAGCUCACCGCGACUGCAUGUUCAGAAAUAUUAUGAUGGACGCGAAAGACCUCUUUGUUGAGCCAUAUCAUCCCGUUGACCCUCGCAUGAAGCGUGACUACAGUGGUCAUGCGAGGCAUUAUACUCGCACUCGACGGCCCCAAAAAUACUACUUCAUCGACUUUGGCUUAUCACAUCGAUACGAUCCUCGCGAGGCCACUCCCCUGGAGUACCCAAUUAGAAUUUCAAAAUAAUGCAGACGUUCCCGUGGGCCCAUUCCCUAGUGAUGUCUACUAUCUCGGCAACGUCAUUAGAGAAGAGUUACAAAGACUGGGUUCGAGUUCCUGAAACCUCUCGUAGACAUGGUUCAGAAUGAUCCCAAUGCGAGACCUACUAUGAACGUGGUAGCUGAGCGUUUUGACUUAAUUCGACAGCAACUCAGCACAUGGAAACUACGCUCUCGUGUCAUUGCGAGAGACGAAGAUAUCUUCGAGACUCUGUACCGUGGUGCUACCCAUUGGAGGCGACGGAUAGUGUUCAUUGUCACGCGCGCACAAGCCGUACCUCGCCUUCAUGAAUGACACCUCUGCGGUGUUGCCAUGUACACUUAAUGUCAUUCGUAUGAUGUGUUAAUGC